AUGAAACCAGAUAAGUCGGAAAACAGCCACAUUAACGACAAUGAUCUGAGCAAUGGUUUAAAAAACCAUAUGUUUUGGAUAUUUGGUUACGGCUCAUUGAUAUGGAAAACUAAUUUUCCAUUCAUUAAAAAAUAUCCUGGAUACAUAAAAGGAUACAUCAGACGGUUUUAUCAGUUUAGCCCAGACCAUAGAGGGACCAAUGACUUACCUGGACGAGUAGUGACUCUUUUACCAUCAACUAAUGAAAGUCGAGUAUGGGGUAUAGCGUAUGCGAUUGACAAUCGAGAUAUAGAUAAUGUAUGUGCAGGAUUGGACCUACGUGAACGUGCAGGUUAUACUAAGAAAGUUAUCCAAUUUCAUACAAAAACAAAUGAAGAUCAAAUACCAUCUGAAGUCACUGUGUAUAUAGCAGACGAAAACAACGAGUGGUUUGCUGGUGAAGCAUCUAUUCAACAAAUUGCUUCCAGAAUAGCAGUGUGCCGUGGAACCAGUGGAUCAAAUCCAGAAUAUGUACAUAAAUUAGCAGCAGAAAUGAGACGAAUAGCUCCUGAAGAAGAUGAUAAACAUUUAUUUGAACUGGAAAUGGCUCUGAAAAGCAUCGAAAAUAGUUAUUAA